CAAGUUUCCUGGAUGAGACAAGAGAAGAACAUAAAAGCAGCAAAUCCAGUGCAUAAUACUCAGAAUACUUUCAUCCCUACACAUACUGAGGCUGAAACCCACAGAAUCAAACAUCUUCAGUAGGCUAUCAGGCAUAUCAUUUGACAUGAAUUCCUGCUUUGGACUAAUUCAGACCCAUGGAUAUAAGAGCUCAUGGAUCAACUUCACCUUUAUUUGCUUAAUGCUGUGCACGUGGACUAGUGUAGAGUCCUGGUCUUAUUUCUAUUCAAACAACGCAAUGACAUGGGAAAAUGCACGAAGCUGGUGCCAGGAGCACUACACAGACAUGGUGGCCAUCCAGAACCAGGAAGAGAUCGAGCAUCUUAACAACUGGCUGCCCAAGAAAAAUGGCUACUACUGGAUCGGAAUCCGUAAGAUCAAUAAUGUCUGGACCUGGGUAGGAACCAACAAGCCUCUGACAAAAGAAGCAACCAACUGGGCAGAAGGAGAACCGAACAACAGCAAGAGUGACAGAAAUGCACAAAUCAGUGAGGACUGUGUGGAGAUGUACAUUAAAAGAGAUAAAGAACCAAGCAAGUGGAAUGAUGAGAGAUGUACAAAAUCAAAGACUGCUCUGUGCUACACAGUGUGCAGCGGACGCUAAUUUUUUUGUCACUUUUUACGGAAUCAAACUCAAAGUAAGGUCAGUUACUUAUAACGUGUUACUGCUCAUCUCUGAGUAUAAUUAACAAGGCUUAUAAAAGUACAUUUGCUUUCUGCAGCGGCUUGUAAGAAUGACUCCUGUUUGCAUGGAGAGUGUGUUGAAACCAUCAACAGCCACAAAUGUGAAUGCUUUGAAGGGUUUUUUGGAGACAAGUGUGACCAAGCUGUGCAGUGUAACAAAAGCGAAGUUAUUGCCCCAGAAAAAGGAU